CUUCUUCAUUCACUUCCCCCUUCUCGGUGUGAUUCAUUUCUUUCCCUUCUUGUAUUAAUCCCCCCUUCCUUUUGUUUCUUUUCCUCUUUCGUCACUUGGGUUUUUCUCCUUUUUCCGCUUUCCCUUCUUUGAUCUUUCUCCCAUUACUUUCUUUCCCAUUUUCCUCACUUGGGUUCUCUCAAUCUUCUGUUUUUUUUUUUAGCAUUUCCCUUCCAUUUCUUUCUUCCCCAUUUUCCUCACUUGGGUUCCCCCUACAUUUUCCUUCUUUCCGCCAUCCGUUUUCAUUACUCUGACUUCUUUUCCGAUCGUCAUUCUUUGCAUCGCCUCCUUUUGGGAAACAGGGGAACCCCGUUAAGGGAUCGCAACCGAACUUGAAUGACCUCUUGAUCCCUCGGAUUUUGAGCUCUAGUUUCGCAACUAUAUCCUUAAUAGUCGGUUCUUCUUGUUCCUCUUCUUCCAGCUAGAGAAGUGCAUUGGUAUGAUUUCGCAAGCUGGCCGAGUUUGAAUACGGGGAAUAAAGAUACGGUUUUGUUGAUUUCAUUGCGAUUUUCUUAUUUUUCCUUAUAAUGGGAAGGGUUAAGCUGAAAAUAAAAAAAUUGGAGAGCACUGGUAGCAGGCAAGUGACCUUCUCUAAGAGAAAAAAUGGGAUUAUGAAGAAAGCUAAGGAGCUGGCUAUACUCUGCGAUAUUGAUAUCGUUCUCCUCAUGUUUUCGCCAACUGGAAAGCCGACGCUAUAUCAAGGUGAACGCAGCAGCAUCGAGGAGGUCAUUACAAAAUUUGCUGAAUUGACUCCACAGGAGAGGGCAAAAAGGAAACUGGAAAGCCUUGAAGCGCUGAAGAAAACAUUCAAGAAGUUAGACCACGAUGUAAACAUAAAAGAUUUUGUGGGUUCAAGCUCUCAAGAUUUUGAGCAGGAAUUGAUCAAUGAAGUUACCGUAUUGCGAGAUCAGAUUGGUGAAGCACAUAAGAGACUGAGCUAUUGGAGGAAUCCUGAUAGUAUCAGCAAUAUACAACAGCUCCAACAGAUGGAAGGUUUAAUAAGGGAGUCCCUAAACCAGACACGUCUACACAAGGAAAAUUUAAGAAGACACCAACUUCUCUCACAGGAAUUCACGGGCCAGUAUCCGGGUGGUGAGAUGUCCUUACCUUUGUUAAUGGACGAAAUGCAAGGCAUUCAACCCCUGUUAUGGCUUCCCAACUAUGGGACUCAACAGAUUACUUUGCAAAAUGAGCCUAACUUUCUGCAACCAGGUGAUGUUGAAUGCUCAUUUCCAAGCUAUCCCAGUUACUACAACCCUGGGAAGCAAAUUGAAGCUGGAGUAUCUGGUCAAGUUGAUAGCAUGCCACAGGGUGAUGGGGGUUUAAAUGAAUUAAGUGGAACUUCUUGCUCAACACUGCAACUUGGUGAGCAAUAUCAAUACCCCCCUACAUGUGAUGGUUCCAGCUUCCAAGAUGAAAAGAGACUGAACCUUGAGAUGGAGAUGAACUUGCAUGGAAAUUAUGUGGACAACCAACUAAAUGGGAAGUUGGACCUCUCAAGAUCUCUAUAUGAUGAUGAGCAGCAUCCUUGGGGUUCUAUACCAGGGCCUUGUAGCAUUCCAAUGUACCAAAGCAGCAAUGCGUACCACCACCAUCAACCAAAUUGAUUCCUACCAAAUUUCAGCAGUGAUUGAAGGGGUAACAGAUUGAAGAGUUCCUCUUGAUUGAUGUGAUCAGCAUUUUUGUUGGGAUAGAUUCCUUCUCCCAAAUGCCAGACUCAAUUAUUUGAUCUAUAACGAGAUGAGAAUGAUCCUCUGCUCCUCGUUUUUCCGUUAACCAAUAUACUCAACUUGUAAAUACAAGAUAUACGAGAUCAGAGGUUGGUUUUUUAGAUUAGAUUUUCUUUUUUUUUCCUUUUUCCCCUCGUGGAAGAGCUGUAAAAUAUUUGGGGUUUUCUGGUUUCCUUAGCUGUACAUUGAGCUAUUGUAAAACAUGGAAGCAAAUUUCAUAUUUUCUUUUAUAUCAAGUUUGGAGAAAAUUAAAGAUAGUCUUUCUUGCUUC